UUUGAAUUAGGGAACAAAACAUGGCGUCAUAGUUGCUGAAUUUAUCCAAAAUUAACACAGAGUUCAAAAGUGAAUUGAUUGAAACUGCAGUUUGUGUUGUCACUUUCUCAACAUCAUCAUCUUUAGCUUUCUCCCGCCGUUAGCAGCACCAAGUGAAUUUUAGGCUCAGUGUUUGGACAUUUCUCGCCAAAAGGCACUUUGGGAGUUGUAGUUAACCUCUCCCUCAGGAGUUUUCAUGAACACAGGCUUGUAUCCGUGAAUGGAAAACUGAACCACCAUAGGAGGCCACUAAGGGCCGUAGCAAGGCUUCACUUGCAAAGUGUCACUAAAACAGGCAUGCACUGACUUCUAAGACUCAAAACAACCACAAAGAGAGACACGCACAUACGGACAUAAAACAACUACAGAAAAGGGCAAAACUACCACAAAGACUUUCCUCUUGCCUCUUGUGCUUUCUACCUGGGGGUCUUGCUCCUAUACAGUAGGAGAGGUGUCUGUGCCCAGGGCCCCAUUGUUUUAGAAUCUGCCCAUGCUUGUACCUUUCACUUUCCAGCAAAGAACCAGAUAUUUUCAGACACGGUUGUUCAUCUUUUGUUCUGAUGAUUCACCUGGGAGAGUUUCAUGCUGAUCCUCCCUGUAAAUGUGGUUCAGCAUUAACAUUGUCUGAGGGGAAAAUGAACGUUAAAAGAAAAGUGCCCCCUGUCGUCUCCUUACUGUCCAAUCACCAAACAGCUUUGAGUUUCUAGUUACUUCAGGAACUGUUGCUAUGGAGCUAAUACCAACAAUUCAUUCAAGUUUUCACCCUGGAGGCUUCACAGUGGCCUGGAGGGGUUUAUCUAAUUCAGAGAGAUAACAGUUUAGGAGGAAACUACAUGUCAAGGAAUGCAGGUCCAGUCGGUUCUCCUCGGCUCUGUCACCGUCGGACCGCUGUCCUGGCGCGAUGGGACGGUCCGCUCCAUUCAGCGGGCGGAGCGCCUGGUGCGGCAGACUCGGGCCGGGCGGUCGGCGACUUGUAGCCGGACCCGGAUCAGCAGCAGCGCCGCCGGUUUCACCCCGAAGCGCUCAGGCGGCACAGCGGAAACAUCCGAAGAUAAGAUCCCAGAGGAGGAAUGCGGAGAGGGUCGUGACUGCAUCUGCGAAAACAAGAUGUUGAGGCCCCAGACUACAGGAGCGUUCCCCAGUGGGUCCCAGAGGACAUCUGUGGCCCCAUUCCCACCUACCAGCCUGCGUGAGCAGUGUGCUGGAGCCAGCGUCGCGGUGGCCGGUGAGUACAUGCGGAGGGUGCGGGAGGUGGAGGGCCAGCUGCGCAGGCAGGCCGGCAAGGUGACCCAGGAGGGGAUGAAGCUGGAGAGGGAGAGGGGUCACCUGGAGAGGAUGCUGCGCAGCCUCAGGACUGAUCUGACCGUCAACAGGAGGAGCUCAGAGGGGAGGACCAGGAGGCCAUCCACUGCUGAGACGGAGAGAGAUGGUGCUGAUUACUUGCUGUUGUGUGAGAGAAGAGAGCUGGCCGAGUUGAAACAAGAUCUGGAGGGAGCACUGACAAACACACUCACCCAGCUACAGGCCCUGGGUCAGAGCAGCAGACGGCUGCUGGACUGUGCCAGUGAAAGGGCUCGUGUCCUGGAGCUGCUGCCGCACAGCGGUUCUGCUGGAGGACAUGGCAACGCUGCCCAGACCUUCACCAAAACUGACGCCAUCAGCCCCUUUACACCAGUGUGUAAACAGGUUUUAGAGUCGUCGACUUUGACAGUCAACCAGUCACUGCUACUGAGGGAAAACAUCAGACGGAUGCUGACCAACGCCAUCGCCAGGCAGAAAGUUGCUCACUGUACCGUCAACGAUGGCCUGGUGAAGAAAAUCGCAGAGACAGUCGGUCUGCAGCAAAACCUGACUGUGAUGUCUGCAGCCGCCCGACAGGCCAUGUUUCGCAAGCAGAGGCAAAUAAACUGCAUUCGUCACAGCCACGGCAGAGCGCAGGUUAGCGUGCAUGUGGAACAGGAUCAGGGACUUUGUUUGCGAUUCAGUGACAGUUUCCACAAGGUGAUGUUUUCCCUUGUGUUAUUCUGUUCACAGGGUCCAGAGUACAGUGGCGAUAUACUGUCCAGAGAGAAACUCAACAGGCCUCUGGUGCAGGUUUAUCAGAGACACCCGGGCACGCAGUUACCUGAAGCUGCUCAUCUCAUACAGAGCAGUGCGGUGCUGAAGCAAUGUCUAAUGUCCUCUGAGGCUGAGCUGGCGAGGCUGCAGCACGCCUGUCUGCAACUGCUGGAUGACCUGCACGGCAAGAGAGCAGCAGUGCGAGUGGACGCAGGUGUCGUCCGCAUGAGGCGUCAGCAGGUCGACAAGCGAGCCGUGCCUUCUUUCCUCCAGUAG